AUGGCCACCACCAACCAUGGGGCAGGGGUCCCCGUGGUCACCACCAACCAUCAGACAGGGGUCCCCAUGGCCACCACCAACCACUGGGUAGGGGUCCCCAUGGCCACCACCACCAACCAUCGGGCAAGGGGUCCUGUGGCCACCACCAACCACCAGGCAGGGGUCCUCGUGGCCACCACCAACCAUCAGACAGGAGCCGCCCGGUUCUACCCCCCCCCCGCCAGCUCCCUCCCCCGGGCCGGCUUCUCGGAAGGACUUUGCAAUGCUGCGGCUGCCCCGGGGAGUGUCCCCAGCCCCGGGGGGGGGCGCGGCCCUCCCGCCCCCCUCUGCCCAGCGCCCCCCCAAAAAAGCCGUGCCGGCCAUGGGCUCCUCGGAGCGGGGGGGCUCCGCUUUGUGCAGCCCCCCGCUGCCCGCAGCCUGCUGCAGCCGGGGCUCCUCGCAGGGGGGGGGCUGCGGGGCCGCUCCCCGGGGGGGGGGGUGCCUCUUCGCCACCCCCCAGAGCCCCCACCUCAGGACCCUCCGAUCGGCCUCGGCGGGACGGCUGCCGGCCAAGAGGAAACUGGACCUGGAGGGCCUCGACUUCCGCACGCCCAAGGGGAAGGGCAGGGCGCUGGUGCAGGUCCCCAGCCCCAGGACCCCCAAAUCCCCCGGGAGAAGACGCGCUACGACACCUCGCUGGGGCUGCUCACCAAGAAGUUCAUCCACCUGCUGAGCGAGUCGGCCGACGGCGUGCUGGACCUCAACCGCGCCGCCGAGGUGCUGGGGGUGCAGAAGCGGCGCAUCUACGACAUCACCAACGUGCUGGAGGGCAUCCAGCUCAUCCGCAAGAAGUCCAAGAACAACAUCCAGUGGAUGGGGACGGGGAUCUUCGAGGACGCGGCGGUGGCGGCCAAGCAGCAGGCGCUGCGCGGGGAGCUGGCCGAGCUGGCCAAGGCGGAGCGGGCGCUGGAGCAGCUCCUGCAGGACUGCGCCCUGCAGCUCCGGCACCUGACGGACCACGAGGACAACCAGAGGCUGGCGUACGUCACCUACCAGGACCUCCGCACCAUCAGCAACUUCCAGGAGCAGACGGUGAUCGCCGUGAAGGCUCCCCCCGAGACGAGGCUGGAGGUGCCGGACAUCAGCGAGGACAACCUGCAGCUCCACCUGAAGAGCACCAACGGCCUCGAGGUGUACCUGUGCCCGGAGGAGAUCACAGAGGACAGCCCCACCAAGCAGCACGGCGUCCCCUCUGCUGCCACCCCACCCCCCCCCGCAGGACAGCAGCACCCACCCCUCCCUACAAAACAACCCCGAGCCCCCCAGCACAUCCCCGCAGCCCCUCCACGGGCACCGUGCCCCAUCCUUGUCCCCGUCCCUGCCCCUCUCCAGCCCGGGGGGCCCGGUUCCCUGCUGGAGGUGGGGACGGGGCUGCUGGGCUCCCCCCAGCACCUCCUGCAGCAGACGGAGGACCAGCUGCCCUGUGCCCCCUCCUACCUGGACUCGGCCCCCUUUGUCACCUUCUCACCCCCCCUGAGCAGGAUGACUACCUCUGGGGCUGGAGGACGGCAAGGGCAUCAGUGACCUCUUCGAGGCGUACGACCUGGGGGAGCUGCUGAAGAACUGAGCCUCUGCUCCCCGAUGCCACCCCCCUUGCCUGCUGUCCUCCCCCCCCCCCCCCCCCCCGUGCCUGUCCCCCAGGUGGGUGGGAUGGAGGCGCAGCAGCGCCUGGGUGGCUUUGCCUCGGUCAUUGGUUGUCACCUGGGGGGGUUUGGGGGCCAGGACUGGUGCUCCCCUCCAUCACCCCCACAGCCUCGAGGGCUGCUGGCAGACCUGGGGGGCCCUUUGGGUGCAUGGCACGGGGUCAGGGGCACCCCAGCCCCCCGGGCAGCACAGAAACGCUGCCCAGAAGGGGCUUUGCUGUGUGUGGGGUCGCGUUUUGGGGCCGCUCCGGUUGCUCCCCAGUCCGACUGGUGCUUCGGGGUGGUGGCCGCUUGUUUGGAUGGUGCGGGGCAUGGCACAGCGCAGCUCUCCUGGGGUAUGAGCUGAUGGAUGGAACGCCACCGAGGUGGUGCUUCCCCCUGCCCAGUAGCUGAAAUAUCCUUAAAAAAAUUAGCAUAGAUGAAAUCACCUUUUUGUUAAAGAGGGGAGGAUGCUGAACCUCUUAAAACAGCCGCGGGCAAACCGCUUGCGGGGCGCAGAGCAUCCCUCCUGCCUGUGCCAGCUCCCUGAGAGCUGUUGGUGCUGGGGGGGGGGGGGGUCUGAACUGGAGCUUAAUGGGCAGGAGGUGGUGGUGACUGGGGCAGGGGGGAGCCGGGAGCAGGGCGGGGGGGUUGGCGGUGCGGCUGUGCCAGCGGCAGAGCCGGGUGCGCUGCGUACCCCUUGGUCCUUCCCAGCUGCGCCUCACACAGAGAAACCCAAGCUUUUCCCUAAUAUUACUGCUUUCCCCUUCCUCGCUGGGGGGCGCGGAGGCUCGGCCCCCUCUCCCCAUGCUGGGAUCAACCUGGAGCCGGUUCCCUGCGCUGAUUUUUCCCCUGGGUGCGGGCACUGGGGCUGGAUGCGGCUGCUCAGCUUUGGCUCACGGCCGCAUCCAGCAGCAAGGAUGUGUCGGGGGGGAAAAUCCUGCCCCGGCCCCAUCCCUCCCCUUGGGAACUUCGGGCAGAGUUCCUCCCUCCAGGCUUUUCCUCCUGCCCUUGUAAAUUGUACCUUAAUUAUUGCACUGUAUUUAUACGGGACCCACCUUCGGCACGGCGCUGUCGAGGGUUUCUUUGGCGUUUUGGGUUUUUAAGCGAGUGUAUUUAAGUCGUCCUUCCUCGAGUUUGCUCUCCUGCAGUUUGGCUUGGACGUGGUGUGGGUGAGGAUGUGUUUUGUUGAAAAACUCGUGGCACUUGGUGUUUUUUGCUCGCGAGGGGAUGAAAUGAAAUAAAACUUCUGAGUCAGA